GCCCGGACCGAUGGGGCAGCGCCGGGGCGCGGCCGGGCGGGCGGCGGCCUGAGCCUGGGCUCCGCCGAACAGCCGCGGGGAGAGAAGUAUGCUGGGAGCGGUGAAAAUGGAAGGCCAUGAGCACACGGACUGGAGCAACUACUACGGGGAGCCCGAGAGCUACUCCUCGGUGAGCAACAUGAACGCGGGGCUGGGCAUGAACAGCAUGAACACGUACAUGACCAUGUCGGCCAUGAGCACCACAGCCAACAUGACGGCUGCCACCUCCAUGAACAUGUCCUACGCCAACACAGGCAUGAGCCCCUCGCUCACCGGCAUGUCCCCGGGUGCGGGGGCCAUGCCCGGCAUGGGCUCGGCAGGCGUGGCAGGGAUGGGCGCCCACCUGAGCCCCAGCAUGAGCCCAAUGGGGGGCCAAGCAGGCUCCAUGAACGCCCUGGCCCCUUACACCAACAUGAACUCCAUGAGCCCCAUCUACGGGCAGUCCAAUCUCAACCGCUCGCGGGACCCCAAGACCUACCGGCGGAGCUACACGCACGCCAAACCGCCCUACUCCUACAUCUCCCUCAUCACCAUGGCCAUCCAGCAAUCGCCCAACAAGAUGCUGACGCUGAGCGAGAUCUACCAGUGGAUCAUGGACCUCUUCCCCUUCUACCGCCAGAACCAGCAGCGCUGGCAGAACAGUAUCCGCCACUCACUCUCCUUCAAUGACUGCUUCCUCAAGGUGCCCCGCUCCCCAGACAAGCCAGGCAAAGGCUCGUUCUGGACUCUGCACCCCGACUCGGGCAACAUGUUUGAGAACGGCUGCUACCUGCGCCGCCAGAAGCGCUUCAAGUGUGAGAAGCAGCUGGCCGCCAAGGACAGCGGCGGGGCGGGUAGCGGGGCAGGUGGCGGGGGCAAGAAGGGGCCCGGGCAGCCGCCGAGCCAGCCCCUGGGGGAAGGCAGCUCCUCGGGUGGCUCUGAGGGCUCAGCCGGCGCUGAGUCCCCGGCCAGCGCCUCACCGUGCCAGGACCACAAGCGCGCCCUGGCCGACCUGAAGGGCACGGCAGGGCUGAGCCCUGGGGAGCCAGCGGCAUCACCGGCACAACACCUCCUGGCCCCCCCGCACGCAGGCCUGCCCCACGACGCCCACCUCAAGCCUGAGCACCACUACGCCUUCAACCACCCCUUCUCCAUCAACAACCUGAUGUCCUCCUCCGAGCAGCAGCACCACCACCCGCACCACCACCACCACCACCACCACAAAAUGGACCUCAAGGCCUAUGAGCAGGUGAUGCACUACUCGGGCUACGCCUCGCCCAUGCCUGGCAGCCUGGCCAUGGGGCCCGUAACGAACAAAAAUGGCUUAGAGUCCUCCCCUUUAUCUGGAGAGACUUCUUACUACCAAGGUGUGUAUUCCCGGCCCAUCAUGAACUCCUCCUAA